CGCUCAGUGGUGCGCAGAGAAAACAACAAAUACAUUGACCUUAAUUUGAGAUUGUUAACAGUAUCUUUAUAAACCAGACCGUCGGCAAUACAGCAGUUCAGAAGAGAUGGCAUCUCCUCAGCCUGGCAGUCCGUCCACUGAGGAGCAGUACACACCUCCACCAACAGCAGAGAAGGAGGCCAAUAAAGGCUCAGAGGACAUCAAGGAACAGCCGCCCCCCACCCGCCGCAGAGGCAAGGGCAGGCCGCCCAAACCUAAGCCCACGUACAAAUGUGUUGCGUGCAAAGAAGCAUUUCCCAGUCCGUCUGCCCUACGGAGCCACAAGGCCUCCAAGCACGGAGGAUCACAGUCCGAGUCCCAAGGGAAGCACACGUGCACGCAGUGCGACAAGAGCUUCACCAGCCGCUCCCAGCUCUCCAAGCACCAGCGCUCCCACUCCGAUAACCGCCCCUUCCAGUGCCCGCAGUGCCACAAGGCCUACAAGACGCAGACGGAGCUGCGCAACCACAGCCGCUCCCACACCGGCGAGAAACCUUUCGUGUGCACCGAGUGCGGCAAGGCCUUCAUGCAGGCCAUCUGCCUGCGCAUCCACAUGACCCAGCACAGCGGUGAGAGGCCCCACUCCUGCCCGCAGUGCUCCAAGAGCUACCCCACGCUCUCCAAGCUCAAAGUGCACCAGCGCUCCCACACCGGCGAGAAGCCUUACUUCUGUGCCGAGUGCGGGAAAAGCUUCGCCGACCCGUCGGUGUACCGCAAACACCGGCGCAACCACCAGGGGCACCGGCCCUACACCUGUAGCCAGUGCGACAAGACCUACACCGAGCUGAAGGAUUUGAAGAACCACGAGCGCUCGCACACGGGCGAGAAGCCGUACCUUUGCUCCGACUGUGGCAAGGCCUUCUCGCGCUCCUCCUCCUUGGCGUGCCACCUGCGCAUCCACCUGCAGAACAAGCCGUAUCAGUGCAGCCUGUGCAACAAGGGCUUCACCCAGCGCUCGUCCUACCAGUCGCACCUGCGCACGCACUCGGGGGAGAAGCCCUUCCUGUGCCCGCAGUGCGGCAAGAUGUUCUCGGACCCGUCCAGCUUCCGGCGGCACCAGCGCGCCCACCAGGGCUUCAAGCCGUACGUGUGCGACAAGUGUAACAAGCGCUUCCGCCAGCCGGCCGACCUGGCCGUGCACCAGCGCGUGCACUCGGGCCAGCGUCCCUACAAGUGCCAGAACUGCGACAAGGCCUUCGUGGCCUCGUGGGACCUGCGGCGCCACAUGCUGGUGCACACGGGCCUGCGCCCCUUCUCGUGCACCGAGUGCGGGAAGUCGUUCGCCGAACGCUCGAGCCUGAACAAGCACCGGCGCGUGCACACCGGCGAAAGACCCUUCAAGUGCGACCAGUGCUGUAAGUCCUUUGUGGUGUCGUCUAGUUUACGCAAGCACGAGAGGACUCACGUGGCCGAGGCGGCCCAACAGCAGCCGCAACACGAGGGCACCCUCGCUGUGGCUGUCGUGGCCACUGUAACUGAUUCUCAGAUGCAUCAGCUAGGGCUCCCACAGUUCUCCUGCAGCAUGUGUGAGCUGACCUUCGGGACAUGGGAGGAGGUGCAGGCACAUGAGAGCUAUCAUUUGGCCACAGCCGCCGUGCCACAGCCAGCGCAGACCUCCACCGUGGUGGCGCUGCCCAUGGGUCCGCACGUCUGCGCCACCUGCCAGGCCGACUUUGCACAGCUGUCCGAUCUGCAGGAGCACGAGAAGAUGCACCCCAAGCCGCGGCCACACGUGUGCGAGAGCUGCGGCAAGGCGUUCCUGAACAAGGCCGGACUGCGCAAGCACCAGCGCAUACACUCCACCGUCCGGCCACACGCCUGCCAGGUGUGCGGCAAGGCGUUUCUGUUUGCCGCCUACCUGCGUAAGCACUUGCGCACGCAUCGGAGCGACGCGGAAGCGGGUGGUGCCGCUGAGCAGCUGAUCCAUACCCAGCCCCUGCCACCAUCGGAGGCGCCCCCCGACGUGAUGGAGUCUGCCACGGUGGUGGAGGCUGGCACCAUCUCCCUCACGGUGCCCUUGACGGUGCCAGUGUCGGCGUUUCAGGCGCUGCCCACUCACGUCUACAUCAACAAGGAUAAUGGACUUUGAGUUGGGCAGAAAGGAUGGAGAUGAGACUUAAUCCAAAUCUUAAUCUUAAUCGGAGACAAAAACUAAUGGAUUAAUUCAAAAGCAUGUGGCCUCUUUGUUGUUUUAAGUGCACCCUUCUCACUUUCCCAUAAUCACAGAGAUCCAUAUACAGCUACAGUCAGAAGGAAACAUACUGUAGCUGACAAAAACACUGCAUGCGUAUUUCCGUUUCACCCACGAUAAUGCUGGACUUCAGCAUUACUUAUUCAGAGCUGUGUAGGGGCAACAGUGAAGUUAACAGUUGGGUUAACCACAUUUGCGGUGACGUUUUUACACAGAGAGUUUCAUAAUGGCUCAGAAUGAUGCACAAUGACGCAUGAUAGCUCUGUCAAUUAUGCAGAUGUACUCCCACAUGCAGUAGUUCAGAGGUAUUUAGUUUUCCUGUUUGUUUUCAUUUUUCAGUCUGUCAUGAAAACAAAUUGGUAGGCUACUCUUAAUGGCUUCUGUGAUGUGAGCGCCCUUUUUAUUUGAAAAUAAAUCCAAUCAGUUUAUGGUGUUAACAUGUUUAAUCAUGUUCUGAAGAGUAUGUUAUUUUUUUAUUUAUUUCAAGAUGUUUUGCUGCCCAUUCACAAAUGUUAUCUUUUUCAUGUUUAUUUACCAGCAUUAUUCAUUUCUAAGAAUUCAUUACUUACGCUUUCGUACCUGAAUUAUGUGGAUCUUCUCCAUGUCCGCCAUUCUGAAAUACCAGUCAUUGACAUCUUUGGCCUUAAAAUUGACUACAUUUAGGUCAGACCAAUACACAUUUGUUAAUUGCGUUGUAAAUAUUCAUGAAUUCAUUGAUUAUCAAAUUUGUGAAUGGCAGCACACAAAAUGAACAACUAAAAUUGCAUACUGAAUGUUUAAUAAGGAGAAUCAGUGAUGUGGAUGGAUCAUGCGGAUCAACCAAUGUUAUGAACGCAGGAUUAUUUCGCUUCAUUUUUCAGUGUUGUGUGACCAAGGUGCAUAAUAGUGUGCAACUAUUUAAUACUACCUGGUGAAAGUCAAACUUGAUGUGUGUUGUACUAUUAUAAAUAUUUUUUUAUUUCUAUAUGUAACGGACAUGCCAAUAUAUCUCAUCUUGUCUUUUGCUUCCUCUCUGUUGGACACUGGUAUUUAAUUUAACAGAAAAUGCAUUGAUGCACUGACUGCGCCUGUCAGGCCCCUUUCCGCUGGCUGUUGAGCCAAAACAGCGGAUGUGAUGAGUUGUGACUGCCGCUUUUGCAAAAUAAAGACACACAAAAGA